AUGAGUGGAAGAGAUUUUCAUAUACAUAGAAGAAGAGAUAAAUAUCCAAGAUAAGACUCUUAUCAUGAGUAAAGGACAAACCCUAAUUUCAUCGAAGAUGAUUCCUUAGUUGGGACUUUGGAAAGAAAAAUUCAGCAUUAAAAUUAGACCAUUAAUAACCUUAUUAAAGCAUUUGAAGAUUCAAGAUUAGAACAAUAGAGAUAGAUUCAAUAUCUAGAGAAAUUGAAGCAAACAGAAGAAUAGAAAUAUAGCAUAUAAAUUUUAGAAGAACUUAAGACUUUAAAAUAGAAGAUCAAAAGAAUUGAACACAGUCCACCAAUCAUACAAUCUAGUUCUUAAAUGUAUCAAUAACCUUUAUUUCCUCCUUUACUUCCGUAAUAUUAAUAAGGCUAUCCCCCUUAAUAAUAUAACUAUGCUUAAAUUCCAUAUGCAUAGAAUCCAUUUCAUUAAUAAAGUCAACCAAUUCAACCUCAAUUUUUAAAUAAUCAAUAAUCACUCAGACCCAAAAAACCAAAAGAAAUGGAUACAUUACAUAAAUUUCUAUUAUAAAUGUUACAUGAGAAGGAAGAAAAAAAAAAGAUAGACAAGAAACCGAAAGAAAAUUCAGAUGCUCGCUAUGUGACUGAUAUGGAAUCAUCACAAAAUUACUCCUCUAAAAGAUAGACUCUCUAAACGCCACUGAAGUCCAGAUCAUAAAGAAGAUCGUAAAAGUAAUAAGAUAGAAUUGAUUCUGGUGCCUCUGAUAAUUCUCAAUUCAACAACACAAAAUAAUCUUAAAUAUCCUAAUAAUAGUCUCUAGGAGCAAGAUCAUAAAAGUCAUAUCAUUAAUAAUCACAGGGAGUUGGAUCACUGAAAUCAUCUUAAUAAUAAUCAUUAGGGGUUGGAUCAUAAAAAUCAUCUUAAUAAAAGUUUCUAAUAAAUUAGUAAAGAUUGAAAUAUUUGAUGAGAAAAUUCAGAGCAAUAGCAAGAUAUUUCUGGCUAGCGUUGACAUACUUAAACUAUUGUAAAAAGAUUUGGAAUAGUAAGAUGAUUUCUUUUAAUGAAUAUUCUUAGGAAUAUAUUGGAUAAUAUGAUACUUAAUUUAACUAUUUGUCCAUCAUAUCAUAAUUUUAUAGAGAAUGUACACUUAAGAAAUAAUUGGAUCGAUCAUGGAUCUUUACUUAAACUUUAGACAUUCAAACUCGAUGUCAAAAUAUGCUUACAGCUUUAGAGAUAUUUUUUAGAUAUUUAAUAGUUUAACCUUUAGAUUUCACUAAAGAUCACAUAGAAUUUAUGAGAAAAUUCUCGCUUCCUAAUGGAUAUCUAUUGUUAGGACAUAGUAAAUAUGUUGCGAGUAGAAUCAACUUAAGACCAAACAAUACUUUAAAUAUCGAAACACCUGAACAAUCAUAGAUGCUGCUUAUGGAAUAUUCCUUCAUUUAAAUCUUAUUACCAUAAAUAGUUGAAGCUGAUUUCUGGAAAAAGUUAAUAAAUUAUAAAGAAGCCUUAAAAGUCUUUGUCUCAGUUCUUCAUUAUUUAUUUAUUGAUAGAUUUUACAAUAUUCCUCUUAGUAAAUAAUAAUUACAUUUUAAUGUACAUUUAUAAAAUACUAUUUAAGAAAGAGUAUGUUCCUUCAUUUGA